UCCCAAUUAUCAGGUCCCUCCAACUCAGCAAAAAUUUAAAUUUCCUCAAUUCUUCGCCAUAGAUUCACUGCUUAUGCGUGAUGUGCACCACUUGACAUCCCACACGCAUUCCUACACGCAUUUACCACAUUGGGUAACAGUGUGUGCACGCGUAUGCAGUUGGCCAAUUCCCCUACUCCGUUUGCCGCGUUUUUGUUCCUAUUUUACGUUACUGUUUCGUUACAGAUCGGCGUGGCUCUGUCAGGGCGGCCAGGGACACGGGAGAUUGCUUCGGGCGCAAGGAAAAGAGCUGCUCCGCAAGUCGGAUAUUCUUGUAUAAUCUCGCGAAAGGCAUUCGGAGUAGAAGCGAAAUUGUGAGUCAUCGUUAAAAAUCGGUCGCGCGUGCGUGUGUAUUAAGUGACUGCAUUCGGUGGUAAGACGCGUCGAUGUUGACAUAUUACAGACUGAGAUGCGACGCAUUCCUACGCCUUGCUAUAACGCGAAUCGUAUUUUCUUGAUUGCACCUCGAUCUGUGUGAGUGCUCUCAACUUAUUACGAUAUAUAAGCGACGAUCUUACACCUACGCAAACGCGACUACGUUAACAUGGAGGCGGAGCAGCAUCAUUAUGAGUUACGCAGCAGGAGUAGGUCACGUUCGGAAACGCCUCAGGUAUUGAGUCGUGAAAUUCAGGAAUCGGAGUCCAUGGAGCAUCAUUACUCUUUAAGAAGUAAAAGCCGAGAGCGAUCUCUUACACCUGGACAUAUCAAUUCUCGAAGAUCCAGUUCAAAAUCUUUGCCCGUAAGUACCACCAAGGUUUCCGAUAAGAAUAUGGAACCUAUCGUAGAGCAGAAAGAAGAAGUUGUUCCAUUGGAGGCUUCUUCUGAAAAUAAAAGUCAUUUGCAAGAUUCUUCUUCAGCUUCUGCUAAGAAAAUUGAACGUCGCUCCGAGCGUCAACGAGUUAGAAGGCAGAUAUUUGCUAAUGGACAAAGUGAAGUUAAAGAAAACAUUGUUAAUAGCAAAUUGGAGCGCAAGAGGAAAAGCGUUACUCCAAAACGAACUCUCACAAGUGAUUACUCUUCAGAAGAAGGUGAACGCGAUGAUCCUCCGAAAAGACCAGGCUCUGCUUAUGAAAUCUAUAAGAAAGCUGGAGAAUGGUGGAACGUUUUUCCCAAGACAGAUUAUACAUAUUCACGGCAUUCUCAAUGUCGCUAUGAAAUUGCACCAGGCAUUUUGGCAAUGCCAAAUAUGUCUCGAUGCUCAAUCCAUUCGGACAGUAGUAGUACUCUUGGUAGUGGUGGAUCAUUUAGUCAACAAAGUUUGAAUCCAUCACAAACAGUGGACAGUUUGACAGGAAGUUUUGUGGAUACGACAGAUACUGGUGACAUUAAUCAACAAGAUCUUAUGUUUCUCGAUCGAGAUUCCCGUCUUUCUUCAAGUUCUCAUAAAACGGAAAGUGGUGCACAUACCACGAUGUACAAGACAACGCACGUUGAACAUUACAAAACCCGUCGGGAGGUAAUUUAUGCAGAUUCAGGAAACCCCUAUCCUGAAAUAAAAGGAGGAAGUUAUACAUGGCGGAACAAUUCUUUGGUGGAAUCUCUCAAUCGUAAACUUGGACGUGUAACCCAACUUGAUUCCGAUGCAGAACUGGAUGAAGCUGUCACAGUAAGGACACGUAUCGAUAAAAAAUGGAAGAUCACUGAAUGGAUUCAAGAAACGACGAGGACAUGGUUCUUUAAAGUACUUGAAGUAGUUGGUUUAAGAGAAGGGAGAAGUAAGCGGUAUGACAUCAAUCACGAUUAUCGAACUUAUCAAGAGUCUAGAUGGACAAAGGUGCGAAAGCCAGUGGAUCGUAUGUUACAGUAUGUCUAUCUAUUACUGAUGAAAAUAAUUCUCUGGGAUUCCUGGUUAUUAAAUCGAGCAUCCAGUGUCAGAGAACGAAUACAUAAUCAGCAUCCUAAAAUCCUUUGGCUCCUUAUGCUGCCACCUAUUCUCUUAGCCGGGUGGUGGUUUCUACCGUCUGUAUUAUCCGCCUUGCCAUUUCCCUCCAUUGGCAAGGUUCUGGAACCUGUAAUAAAGGAUGUCGGGAUAAACACUGUCAGGAGUGUAAGAAAUGAUUCCACCGAAAGGUCAUCGUUCAGGGACGAUGAUUUAAACGUGCUCGUCCAACUGUUGGCAGACAGGAUUCAGAAACUAGAAGCUGGUAGCCAAAGGCAAGCGGAAAUCCUUACUAACGUUAGUCGCAUAGCAGAUGUGCUGGAGGAAAAUAGUAAGAACGUUUGGACGCUUUACAAUAACAAACUGACCGAUCUCGGAGAGAAACUAGAGGAGAAGAUUACGAGCCAGGACAAGGCGGAUGAAAUCAGGGCGAUCAAAUUCGAGUUGGAAUCACUGCGAGAGGACUAUUCCCAGCUUAAGUCUUGUUGUAAGGAUUCUGCAUUAACUCUUGCCGAAAAGGAUGUUGAGAAAUACCUGGAGCAGUCGGUAUCCGGAUAUUUUGCUAGUGCUAGUGCUAAGGACGAGAUAACUAAUCUCGUGAAAAAUAUUCUCAGCGAACAGAGAGAUGCCCAGGCGCUGAAGGAUAAAGAAGUGCAAGAGAAAUAUGGAAGUCAGAGUGUUGCCAAUCUAGGUACGGGAUUUGCGGAGGCGGAGAUGCGCAGGAUAGUCAAGGAAACAUUGAAGAUAUACGACGCUGAUAAGACCGGAAAAGCAGAUUACGCUCUCGAGUCUGCUGGUGGUCAGAUCAUCAGCACACGUUGCACCCAGCCAUAUGAUAUCGGUACACGAGUCUACAAGUUUUUGGGCUAUACAAUAUAUUAUGGCAGCAAUGACCCAAGGACCGUAAUACAAGGAAACCCCUUGCAGCCUGGUGUAUGUUGGGCGUUUCAAGAUUUUCCCGGACAUUUGUUAAUUAAAUUACGGAGCUUCAUAUAUGUAACGGGUUUCACAUUGGAGCAUGUUCCUAAAUCCCUUUUACCGAGCGGGGAAAUGAAGAGUGCACCGCGGAAGUUUAAUGUCUGGGGCUUUAGGUACGAAACCGAUCCGGAUCCUGUAAUGCUUGGGGACUAUGAGUUUGUGGACUCGGACGAGAGCUUACAAUAUUUCCCUGCCAAGGAAAUGGAGUUCUCGGUACCCUAUGAAUAUGUUGAAUUGAAGAUACACAGUAAUCAUGGCCAGCUCGAGUACACUUGCCUCUACAGGUUUCGGGUGCAUGGUAUACCAGUUUCAAAGCCGUGAUUGAACCUUUUUGUGGAGGAUGCUAGAAUUGCCAUUUUUCACGAUUUAUAUUUUACGGCUAUGAAGUUUCAACCGAAGAGCGUUCUUUGAAAUUCGCAUGGACGAGAAGAAACGCGCGUUACGUCUUAAUAUCUCUGUCGUACCUUGUGCCUUUGACUGUGUCGGCCUAUAUGAGACUCGGUACUAGACGAGGUACCUGUGUAUCUGGUCAGGGCAGUGGAAUUAAGUGUUCAAGGUGGCCCUAAAAUCGAGGGUAAUGAAUUUUUUGGUAACCGUAAUCUCAAGUUCCAUCAAUGGUCCCUUGAUCUAUGGACUUUUCUUUUAGAACAAUCGGUGGGCUACAGUAGGCAUGUGACAUAAUAGUUUGUAAAUGAGAAGCAAUGAUCUUAAAAAUUAUGGUUAAUGUGCGUUUGUAAAAUUAAUUCACGGAUAUUUGCUCUGCUAAGGCGCGACGCGGAGGGUUAACACGUGUACAGCUAUUUUUAAUUCUAAUCAAAAAAUUGCAUGUAGAUAAUAAGGUAAUAGAAGUAUUUUUAUACAACAAGAUUAAGGGGCCAGACCCUGUUAAGACAGCUCUCAUGAUUACUGAAAUAUCACCGGUCCUUAUUGUCCAAAAGUUACCCGCUUGUGAAUGAAGCAUAAUACCGUACUAAUUAAUUAACGAUAUACCGAGAACAGAGUACAAAUUGUGAACAAGUAACGUUCAGUAGACCUAGUGUAAGUAUUCUCUUUGAGGUUUCGCCAUAGAACAAUAGCUUCAAAAUGGAUGUUUUUGUAUAAGACUUGAUGUAUUCUGUACCUGUAAUAUGUUCGGGAAUGAUUUAUUCCGGCUUGGCUGAGUGCAUUGAUUUUAUGUAUCUGUCGAAUUAGGAUCAACUCCUUCAAAUGUCUUUAAAAUCAAAUUUUAUAUAACUUCUACGAGCGGUUAAUUAACUGUUCUUGAUUGUCUUUUGAAUUAAAUUGAAGGAAUCGGUCUUUAAUCGAUCGGAUACUCGGAUGCUUAACCGUGCUUGUUUCAAAUGGUGUUCAGCUCGUAAAAUGAAAUGGAAAAAUCAAUCUUUUUCAAGCAUAUAUACAGAUUUUUUCUAAUGUUACCACAUCGAUCUAAGGAAUUAUUGUAUCUAUUUAUAUAAAUUUUUUUAAAGUCUUGUCAGCGCCAAUAUACAUACCGUUACAUUU